GACACUUGUGUUUUAUCGCCUCAUAAAAUUGUUAAAGAAAUUCACAGUUUUGAUUACAUAUAUUAUAAACUAUAUUUACAAGAAAGGUUUCAUAAUGGCUGAUUCUCCACUGAAAAAAGUGGAAUUACACACGGAUGUGUAUAUGGUAUGCCUCCAACAUGCUUUAUCAACGGAAAGUUUUGAAGUAAUGGGUCUCUUGAUCGGAAAUAUAGUACGUGGCAUUGCAAAAAUUGUUGCUGUUAUCAUUCUACGACGUUUGGAUAAAAAGAAAGACAGGGUAGAGAUCUCUUCUGAACAACUACUUAAAGCUGUUGCUGAAGCAGAACGAUUAACGGCAGAACUAAAUCAUCCUGUACGUGUUCUUGGAUGGUAUCAUUCACAUCCACACAUCACAGUUUGUCCAUCACAUCUUGAUAUUGCAACUCAGACAACCUAUCAAACAAUGGACCACGACUUUGUAGGUUUGAUAUUUUCAGUAUUUUCAGAGAGCAAGGAUUCUAAGGAGCAAGAAAUCUUUUUAACCUGUUUCCAAUCUCAUAAUGAUAAAGCAACACAAAUCCCAUUGGAAAUUGUGCACACACCGACAAUAUCAAAUAUGUGUCUAAAGAUGAUGACAGAAUUGCCAAAAAUCUUGGUUCAAGAAGAAGAAGAGAUGGCAGAAAGGUGUAAAGAUAAUCAGGACAUUCUUGCCAGUAUACAUAACAAUGCAGGUCAGUAA